AUGCCUCUGCCUGCUCCACCGCGGACCCCUACGCCGCCUCCUGACGAGAACGCGCCCCAGCCUGUAGGACUAGGAUUCCGAAGCGAUCUGGCUGUUGGAGAUACGGGGCCUAAUAACAAUGCGCUGCUCUCGCCCAUGUCUGCCACGUUCCCCUCCAAGCAGUAUGCGACCCUCGGGCCCAGUGAUUCUGUCUCGCAGAGGGCGUCGCCUGCGACUCUGUAUACACCCGCGAGCGCGACCUUUCCAUACACGCCCGCGAGCGACUCAACCAUGAAUCUUGAGCCGCCCUCUGCGAACGGGUCCGAGAACCCCAAUCCGUUCAAUUUCCAAUCUGUCGCCUACCAGCCGGGGCGGCCCCAGACAAAGGCUAAUGACAUCGGCCGAAGACGAGGACACAAGUACAAACACAGUAGUGUAUCACAUCAGAUAUUUCUAGAACCCGCACCGCGCGCUCCGCUCCAGCUCCCUGCCUCGCUUCCAAUCCCGACGUUCAAAGAGUACCGCUCGUCCAUGUCCAAGGACCAGAAACUGCGGUUGGCAUGGUGUUUCUGCCAUCUGGUCGUGGCUGGCCUCGUACAAUGGGGCGCACAUGAAUCGCUGGCACUGACAGUAUUGUCUCGGCUAAUCUUCUACGAUGCACUUGGAGCUUUUCUGUGUGUGGCUGUUGACGUCGGAUCCAACUUCGAGGUAUGGAAGCGAUCUAGCAUACGACAUCCAUUUGGCUUUGAACGUCUGGAGGUCAUCGCAGGACUAGGCAUGUCUGUUGGGCUACUGUUUAUGGGACUGGACCUCAUAUCGCAUGGAUUGACGCACGCGCUUGAAAACACCGGAGGACAUGAGGCGCAUCACGCCGAUGCUCACGAGCGAGUGUCCGCUGGCAGCAUUGAUCUUGCCGCUUUGUGCGGUGUUGUCUCGACCCUGGUCUCAGCAAUCUUGUUGAAGAACCAUGCGCGCAUAGGCAAGGUCAUGAGGCUAAGUGCGAUUGCUAACCUGCCUUCUGUGCUCAGCAACCCGUCGCAUUUUCUGACAUUGUCGUGCUCGUCACUCCUGCUAAUCUUGCCCCUACUGAGCAUCCAGAUGUAUGUGUGGCUUGACCGAACCCUCUCAUUUUCAGUUGCCUUCUCCAUGGUGGCGCUAGGAUGGAUUCAAGGAUGGACCCUCGGCAAGAUGCUGCUCAUGUCCUACUCGGGACCCGGCGUGUCGGACAUCAUGUACGACCUGGAGACGGACCCAGCCGUGCGAACGGUAGAGGAGGCAAAAUUCUGGCAGGUACACUACGGGCUCUGCCAGGCGAACCUGAAACUUCGAGUGAGGAAUUUGGAGGAAAUUGGGCGUCUGCGCGAUCGCAUUGGCAGCAUGGUGCGGAACCGCUUGGGCGGCGGAUACGGGAGCGGCGGGCAGAGAUGGGAAAUUUCGACCCAAAUUACACUCGAGAAGGACUGA